AUGGCCCCCCUGGCUCAGAUCCUGGAACUGCUGGCAAUGGUCACGACCACCAUGGCUGUUGAGGUGGUGACCCUGGACAUGGCUCCGGGCUCCUUUGAUGACCAGUACCAGGGCUGUGGCCCUGCCAUGAAGGAGGCAUUGCCGGCCCUCAGCAGCUCCGAGUUUGAGCAGAACAAGGAGUUUGCCGAGGUUUGGGCAAAGGCUGCAGCCGAGUGGCAGAGGCGGGGACCCCCUGAGUCCCCUCUGUCCCCAGACCAGGCCACCGCCAUCAUGGCCUUCUCAAUGGAUGGCCUGUCCAGCAUGUUCAAUGAUGCUGUGCGCGUGGCCGGGCAUUCCUAACAGGAAUACCGGGACAAUUUCCACUUCAAAACGCUGCAUUUCCUGCUGACCGACGCCCUGGCCACUCUGAGGGACGCUCAGAAAGGGCAGUGUCUCAACGUGUUCCAGAGGGUGUGUGGGGUCUGGUUUGAGGCACAGCACGGUGAUAUCAUCCGGUUCGGUGAAUUCACGUCGGCAUUUCUGAGCACACCAACUGGCGAGUGCUCCAAUGACACGGUGCUCGAGCUGCACACGUGCCAUGGCGUGGAAAUCCAGUUUUUCACAGAACAUCCGGAAGAAAACUUGGUGCUGAUCCCACCCUUCGAGACCUUCAAUGUCACCCAAAUCACCCAGGAAGGAAACCAGACACAGAUCCAGCUCCACUCCACUGGGACCUUCAGCGAAUACAACUGUGUGUGGUGGGAGCAUCCCCAGCACCCCUUUCCACCUUGGAGGACUCCUCCUAGCUGCCACAGCUCUGGCAGUGGCCACCAGGAUCCUCUGAGCCAUGAGGCUGCCAAGGUCCCUGAGGUCACCAUAGUCACUGUGGAAGCCAUGGCCACCAUGAUCACCAAGACUCCCUGA